CAUCAUCACUCCACUCUCCUUCUAUAAGUAGUCUCGCCGCUACCAAAUACUAAUUUAAUUACGAACCUUUUUCAAAUCAUUGGCAAACAGAGAGAAGAGAGAGAGAAAACAGAGAGCAAAAAAGCCAUGGACUUUCUCGGUUCCACGACGGGUACUGGUAUGUUAGCAAUGCUGUUCUCGUUUUCGGAAUCUAUUUUGCCUCCGGAUUCUAGGUCUUUUCUUCUUAAACCUCUUUUCCUUAGAUGGGUUUCUGGUUUCUUACACGCGGUUUUGUUGCUGGUCCUCUUUUGCUCAUGGGUUCGUAAGAGAAUUAGGGGAAAUGGUGGUUAUGAUGUUACGGAGAGCUUAAAAGAUAAGAGAGAUUUUGGGUUUAAGUCGGCUCUCUUUUGUAGUUUAGCCCUGUCUCUGCUUAAUCUUGUGUUGAUGUCGUUGAGUGGUUUCUAUUGGUACGAGAGUGGCUGGUCAGAUAGUGACCAGCUAGUUUCUUCCCUUGGGUUUCUAUUGGGAAUGGUUUCUUGGGGGGUUUUGUCGAUUUGUUUGCAUCGCUGUAGGGAUUUUGAGCAUAAAAAGGCUCCCUUUUUACUUAGGCUAUGGUUGGUUUUCUAUCUCGCCGUCUCUUGCUACUCUCUUGUGGUAGAUUUUGUGAUGUACAAGAGACAUGAUACCGUACCUGUUCACCUUCUGGUGUUCGAUAUAGUCGCUUUUAGUGCUGCUGUGUUUCUCGGUUAUGUGGCUUUCCUCAAGAAAGAUAGAAGCAACAGUAAUGGAGUUUUGGAAGAACCUCUAUUGAACGGUGGGGAUUCUCGUGUUGGUGGUGGUGACAUAGAGUUGAAUAAAAGCAGUGUGAGUGAUGAGGCUACUCCUUACUCGAGAGCUGGCAUUCUCAGGCUUUUGACUUUCUCAUGGAUGAGUCCAUUAAUAGACCUUGGAAACAAGAAAAUCAUUGAUCUAGAAGAUGUUCCGCAGCUUCAUGAUACUGACAGCGUAGUCGGGUUAGCUCCUAAGUUUAGGAGUAUGCUUGAAGCAUCAGAUGGGGGCGAGAGAAGUGGCGUUACCACGUUCAAGCUUAUAAAAGCGUUGUAUUUUUCGGCUCAGUGGGAGAUUCUAUUUACAGCCUUCUUUGCUUUCAUCUACACGGUUGCAUCAUAUGUUGGACCAGCACUCAUUGAUACUUUCGUUCAAUACCUUAAUGGACGUAGACAGUACAACCACGAGGGAUAUGUGCUUGUCAUUACUUUCUUUGUUGCUAAGCUUGUGGAGUGCCUUUCACAGAGACAUUGGUUCUUUAGGCUACAGAAGGUUGGUAUUAGGAUGAGAUCAGUCCUGGUUGCAAUGAUAUACGAAAAGGGUCUGACCCUUUCAUGCCAGUCAAAGCAAGGACGCACAAGUGGGGAGAUUAUCAAUUUCAUGACUGUGGAUGCUGAGAGGAUUGGUAAUUUUAGUUGGUACAUGCAUGACCCCUGGAUGGUCUUGUUACAAGUCGGUCUAGCUCUGUGGAUUUUGUAUAGAAAUCUUGGACUAGCAGCAAUAGCGGCUUUAGUUGCUACCAUUAUAGUAAUGCUUGUGAAUUUUCCAUUCGGGAAAAUGCAAGAGAGGUUUCAGGAGAAGUUAAUGGAAGCUAAGGAUAGCCGGAUGAAAUCAACAUCUGAGAUCUUAAGAAACAUGAGGAUUCUCAAGCUUCAAGGAUGGGAAAUGAAGUUUCUCUCCAAGAUUUUUGAUCUUCGCAAAUCUGAGGAAGGAUGGCUGAAAAAGUAUGUGUAUAACUCGGCUGUUAUUAGCUUUGUUUUCUGGGGGGCUCCUACUCUGGUGUCAGUCUCCACUUUUGGUGCUUGUAUACUUCUUGGAAUUCCCCUUGAAUCAGGAAAGAUACUCUCUGCACUUGCAACCUUCAGGAUUCUACAAGAGCCGAUCUACAAUCUUCCCGACACUAUCUCCAUGAUUGUGCAGACAAAAGUCUCUCUUGAUAGACUUGCAUCCUACCUUUGUCUGGAUAAUUUGCAGCCUGACAUUGUAGAGAGGCUUCCUAAGGGAAGUUCAGACGUGGCAGUAGAAGUGGUUAACAGCACUUUAUCUUGGGAUGUCUCAUCCGAUAACCCGACUCUAAAAGACAUAAAUUUCAAGGUCUUUCCUGGGAUGAAGGUUGCAGUUUGUGGUACUGUUGGCUCUGGGAAAUCGAGCUUACUUUCAUCUUUACUAGGAGAAGUACCCAAGAUAUCUGGAAGUCUUAAGGUUUGUGGGACAAAAGCGUAUGUUGCACAAUCUCCUUGGAUUCAGAGUGGUAAAAUUGAGGAUAACAUCUUGUUUGGCAAACCUAUGGAAAGAGAACGAUAUGAUAAGGUGCUUGAAGCAUGUUCUUUGAGUAAGGAUCUGGAGAUACUUUCAUUCGGUGAUCAGACCGUUAUUGGAGAACGCGGCAUCAAUUUGAGCGGUGGACAAAAGCAAAGGAUACAGAUUGCACGUGCUCUCUACCAAGAUGCGGAUAUCUAUCUGUUCGAUGAUCCUUUUAGUGCUGUGGAUGCACACACAGGGUCCCAUCUCUUUAAGGAAGUUCUAUUGGGGCUUUUGUGUUCCAAAUCGGUUAUAUAUGUAACUCAUCAAGUUGAGUUCUUACCUUCAGCUGAUCUUAUAUUGGUCAUGAAAGACGGGAGAAUCAGCCAAGCUGGAAAAUAUAAUGAUAUCCUCAACUCUGGAACAGAUUUCAUGGAGCUUAUAGGUGCACAUCAAGAGGCUCUGGCAGUAGUUGGUUCUGUUGAUGCCAAUUCUGUUUCUGAGAAUUCAGCUUUAGGCAAAGAAAAUGGUAUUGUGAAAGAUGCUAUCGGUUUGGAUGGGAAACAAGAAAGUCAAGAUCUAAAGAACGAUAAAUUAGAUUCUGGGGAGCCCCAAAGACAACUUGUUCAAGAGGAAGAGAGGGAGAAAGGUAGCGUCGCUUUGGAUGUAUACUGGAAAUAUAUCACACUGGCAUACGGAGGAGCUCUUGUGCCUUUCAUAUUGUUGGGGCAAAUUCUCUUUCAGCUUCUACAGAUUGGAAGCAACUACUGGAUGGCAUGGGCUACUCCUAUUUCUGAGGAUGUGCAAGCUCCUGUGAAACUUUCCACGUUAAUGAUUGUGUAUGUGGCUUUGGCCUUUGGAAGUUCCCUCUGCAUUCUUGUUAGAGCCACGCUUCUUGUCACCGCUGGUUACAAGACUGCUACUGAACUGUUUCAUAAAAUGCAUCACUGUAUUUUCCGUUCUCCGAUGUCUUUCUUUGAUUCCACUCCAAGUGGAAGAAUCAUGAGUAGAGCUUCUACCGACCAAUCCUCAGUAGAUUUGGAACUACCGUAUCAAUUUGGAUCCGUUGCUAUCACAGUCAUUCAGCUUAUUGGAAUCAUUGGAGUUAUGUCUCAGGUUUCUUGGCUGGUUUUUCUCGUCUUCAUCCCCGUGGUUACUGCCUCCAUAUGGUAUCAGCGGUAUUACAUAGCUGCAGCACGAGAACUUUCGCGAUUAGUUGGAGUAUGCAAAGCUCCUCUGAUUCAGCAUUUUUCUGAAACGAUUUCAGGGGCGAUAACCAUUAGGAGUUUCAGCCAAGAAUCUAGAUUCCGUUCUGACAACAUGAGGCUAAGUGAUGGUUACUCUAGGCCCAAAUUUUAUACAGCUGGAGCAAUGGAAUGGCUUUGCUUUCGCCUUGAUAUGUUGUCAUCACUUACAUUUGUCUUUUCAUUGGUUUUAUUGGUCUCCAUACCUACUGGAGUGAUUGAUCCAAGUCUCGCGGGAUUAGCCGUGACUUAUGGUCUCAGUUUGAAUACCCUGCAAGCUUGGCUCAUUUGGACUCUCUGUAAUCUUGAAAAUAAAAUCAUAUCGGUAGAGAGGAUUCUUCAGUAUGCAAGUGUUCCCAGUGAACCACCUCUUGUGAUAGAAUCGAACCGACCUGCGCAAUCAUGGCCUUCACGUGGAGAAGUUGAAAUCCGUGAUCUUCAGGUCCGAUAUGCUCCACAUAUGCCUCUUGUAUUGCGAGGAAUAACGUGCACAUUCAAAGGAGGUUUAAGAACAGGGAUUGUUGGAAGGACAGGAAGCGGGAAAUCGACUUUGAUACAAACUCUUUUCCGCAUUGUAGAACCUACAGGUGGAGAAAUCAGGAUAGAUGGAGUGAAUAUUUUGACCAUUGGGUUGCAUGACUUGCGUUUAAGAUUAAGCAUUAUACCCCAAGAUCCAACCAUGUUUGAAGGAACAGUGAGAAGUAACUUGGACCCUCUUGAAGAGUACACAGAUGAUCAAAUCUGGGAGGCUCUUGAUAAGUGCCAACUAGGAGACGAGGUGAGGAAAAAGGAGCAAAAGCUCGACUCAUCUGUGAGCGAGAAUGGAGAGAAUUGGAGUAUGGGUCAGAGGCAACUAGUGUGUCUGGGGAGAGUUCUUCUCAAGAGAAGCAAAAUCUUGGUGCUUGAUGAAGCCACUGCUUCUGUUGACACUGCAACUGACAAUCUGAUUCAGAAAACCUUGAGAGAACACUUCUCAGAUUGUACAGUGAUAACCAUUGCACACAGGAUAUCUUCAGUUAUUGACAGCGACAUGGUUCUGCUUCUAAGCAAUGGGAUCAUUGAGGAGUAUGAUACGCCAGUGAGACUACUGGAGGACAAGUCUUCAUCUUUUUCUAAACUCGUGGCAGAGUACACCUCAAGAUCUAGUUCCAGUUUCGAAAUUUUUAUGACGGGUAUGGCACUUGAGUUAUCUGUUCUGGGUCGAUCUGUCAUUGACUCUAAAACCUUAAAUUUGAAGAGAUAUGGUCAAAAAUCGAAGCUUUCAGGAAGAUUUCUGCCGAGAGCUGAGCUGCACUGCCCUGUGGCGUUGAGUUCUUCUAAAAGCUCCAAUUUGAGUUUUAGAUUCCGACGAAGUUGUGAAUUUAGCUACAGAAGUCGCUUUAUGCUGUUUAGCUCCAGUCAAUGUCACGAGGGUAGUCAACAAAAUUCUGAUUCUGGCGAGAAGGAGCUGGAGUCGAUUAAGGUUUUGCUGAAACGUGGAAUUGUUUUAGGAGCUGUAGUGUGUGGAGUUUUCUUGUAUGGAUGCCAAAAAGUGUUGGCAUCGGCUGGUGUGAUGGAAGCAGGCUAUGAGGUGUUUGGUCAGAGCGUAGUGUUGUUUAAGAAUGCUUUGCCGAAAAUUUACCAGGUUCUUAGGGUUCUUAGAGAGCAAGGUCUAAUUUUGGCUGCGUUGCUCAGCCUCUCAGCAUUCUUCUCUAUGGCUGAGACGUCCAUUACCACUCUGUGGCCAUGGAAGGUGCGUGAGUUGGCUGAGAAAGAACCAGAGAAUGGUGUAUUCAGAAUGCUCCGGAGUGAUGUUACCAGAUUCUUGACGACUAUACUUAUUGGAACAACUGUUGUGAAUAUUGCGGCAACUGCCCUGGUCACCGAAGCAGCAACAGCUAUAUUUGGGGAAGCUGGUGUUAGUGCAGCCACUGGAUUGAUGACAGUGGCUAUUUUACUCCUGACUGAGAUUACUCCAAAAAGUGUUGCUGUCCACAAUGCUCAAGAAGUUGCAAGGAUUGUGGUCAGGCCAGUGGCAUGGCUUUCCUUAAUAUUAUAUCCUGUCGGGAGGAUUGUCACAUAUCUGUCAAUGGGAAUACUGAAAAUUCUUGGUUUGAAAGGAAGGAGUGAACCAUAUGUUACUGAAGAUGAGUUGAAACUGAUGCUAAGAGGUGCAGAAUUAAGUGGUGCCAUUGAAGAAGAGGAGCAGGAUAUGAUUGAAAAUGUGCUGGAGAUUAAGGAUACCCAUGUUCGAGAGGUGAUGACUCCUCUUGUUGAUGUAGUUGCAAUUGACGCCAGCGCCAGUCUAGUCGAGUUCCAUAGCAUGUGGGUGACCCAUCAGUACUCAAGGGUGCCUGUUUUUGAGCAGCGUAUUGAUAAUAUCGUGGGAAUUGCAUAUGCUAUGGAUCUCCUAGAUUAUGUUCAGAAGGGUGAUCUGCUCGAAAGUACUUCUGUGGGGGACAUGGCACAUAAACCUGCAUACUUCGUCCCUGAUUCAAUGUCUGUUUGGAAUCUUCUUAGAGAAUUUCGAAUAAGAAAGGUUCACAUGGCAGUUGUCCUUAAUGAAUAUGGUGGAACGAUUGGAAUAGUAACUCUUGAAGAUGUUGUCGAAGAGAUUGUUGGUGAAAUUUUUGAUGAAAAUGAUUCCAAAGAGGAGAUUCAGAAGAAAACAGGGUAUAUUGUCAUGAGAGAUGAGGGCAUAUAUGAUGUUGAUGCUAAUACAUCAAUUGACCAGCUAUCUGAAGAACUGAAUAUGAAAAUGCCAGAGGGCAUUCAGUACGAGACAGUCUCAGGCUUUGUGUGUGAAGCCUUUGGGUAUAUCCCAAAAACUGGAGAAAGUGUGAAGGUUGUUCUUGAAAAGGAAAGCUGGGAAGAGGAUGGUGACGAGGAGGAAGGGAAACAGGAGAGGCAAGAGCCAAAGGAAAAGAACCAAAUCUAUAGAGUAGAGAUACUAGCAGGGAAUGCAAGAAAAGUUAGUGCUGUCCGGUUUGAAAGAGUGAACGAUAUGGAUCAAGUGUCGGAGGCAAGGGAUGUAAAAAGCAUGGUUCCCAAAUUCGUAAGGAAAUGGAGCAGCGAAGAAGAUGAUGGGAACUUGUCGAACGACGACCAAUCCGAGGACGCUGUCUUAGAUGAACAUGUACUGGCUGAUAAUAGCAAGAAACAAAAAUGACACUGAGACACAGUUUCUUUUUUCUUUAUGCUGCAAUUUUCAAUUCUUCUUUGAAAAGGAAAGAAGUAAGCUCGCAAAUACAAGAAGCUUUCUUCUUUAGAUUUAAUGUAAUAAUCAGGAUGGAUAAAUUAAGAAAUUCGUGUUAGGUAA